CCUCUUACUGUAUUCGUGCCUUUGUGCACCAUUACGAAGCGACCCUGAUGGCCUCCUAACAUUUACACCUUUGAUACACACACACACACACACACACACACACAUACACAUACACACACUCUCCUCUCCACACAAACGAUGGGUCUUGCAGGUCUCGCCGUGGAGAUGCUCAGCGGUGCUUCCUGCAGAGCCAGGCCGAGGCUGGGCACCCUGUUCUCGGCCCCGAUCACCACAACAGUGCCGCUGAGGUUCCGAUCCACGUCCUCCAUGCAGGGAUUCUCGGAGAUGGCGAGGGAGAGAUCCAAGACCGUCACCUCGUUUUACAACCAGUCUGCCAUAGACGUGUCCGCGGAGAAGGCUUCAGUGCGGCUGACUUUAGCUACCCUGUUGUAUUCUGGGAAGUCUCCUGAUGGACACCAUGUUCUGAGCAGUGCCAAGUACCUUCAUAAGGAGCUUCCCGUAAGAAUCGCCCAUCGCAUAAAGGGCUUCCGCAGUCUGCCUUUCAUCAUCGGCUGCAACCCCACCAUCUUGCAAGUGCAUGAACUUUAUAUCAGAGCGUACCACAUGCUAAUCGACUUUCCCACGAUCAAGGACCAGGAGGUGGAGGCUCGGUUCUGUAAGCUGGUGCAGCAGCUGCUGGACGACCACAAAGACGUGGUGACCAUGCUGGCUCAGGGCUUCAGGGAGUGUCGCCGCCACAUUCAGGAUGAGAUGAUCCUCCGUAACUUCCUGGACACGACGCUGUGCUCCCGGCUGGGGAUCCGGAUGCUGGCGACGCACCACCUCGCUCUGCACGAAGACAACCCUGACUUCGUGGGGAUGAUCUGCAGACGUCUCUCUCCUAAAAAGAUUUUGGAGAAGUGGGUCGACUUCGCCAGGCGUCUGUGUGAGCAUCAGUACGGGAACUCUCCUCGGGUUCGGAUCAACGGACACGUCGCCGCUCGCUUCCCCUUCAUCCCUCUGCCGCUCGACUACAUCCUGCCAGAGCUGCUGAAGAACGCCAUGAGAGCGACGAUGGAGAGCCACCUGGACACGCCGUACAACGUCCCCGAUGUGGUCGUCACCAUCGCCAACAACGAUAUAGACUUUGUCAUCCGGAUCUCCGACCGUGGCGGCGGGAUUCCUCACAACAUCAUCGAGAAGGUGAUGGACUAUCACUUCAGCACGGCGGAGGAGAGCGCUCAGGACCCCCGACUCAGCAACAACCUGUUCAACAACAUCACCAACAGCGGGAACCAGUCCAACCCCAUGCACGGCUUUGGCUUCGGCCUGCCGACCUCCCGAGCGUACGCGGAGUACCUCGGCGGCUCCCUCUCCGUUCAGUCCAUGCAGGGCAUCGGCACAGACGUCUACCUGCGCCUGCGCCACAUCGACGGGAAAGGAGAAAGCUACAGAGUCUAAAUCCUGCAGGGAGCGGCGAGUCGGAACGGUCAGCUGGACGCCGGGACUUUAAACCCACAGAGAAAUCCUCCAUCUCUCGCGCCUUAGACUGAUUAUAAGCUAUGUUAGCUCUCAAGGUGAUCUCUGUCUCUCCUCCUCUUGCUGUUUCUGUGAAGGGAAGUCUUGAAUGUUUAGGGAAGAUACUGUGCAUGUGGAAGAAGGAAGAGCUUCAGUUUUACAGAAGUUCACUCUGAAGUUACUGAACACCUCACACACUCCAGAAAACCUGCAGAACAAUCUGUGCAACACACCCAGCUGCACACACACAUUAAAUCAACCACAUCCUGAUCAUCAGCAUUACUAUCCUAUUCUCCACCAUAAGCAUGCUCUCAAACCAUCAGCGGGAUUCUCUGAUUGAAGCUCAGAAAUAAACACACCUGAAGCUCAUUAACAGACUCUCAGUACUUUUAGAGUAUCUUCUACCUGAGUAUUUCAACUUAGUGCUACUCAAUACUCCACAACGUAAAGCUAAAGUUUGAACCUGUGGAGCAAGAGAGGCAAAAUCCUCCAAACUAGCAGAAAAUAAACAAGAAUAAGUACGUAAUGAUGUGAUAUAUUUAAUAAUACAUCACAUAUAGAGUACAUAUUACUUCAAUCCAGGUCUUUCACUUGUAGUGGAGUAUUCUGACACGAACAUAUGAGUACUUUUACUUCAGUAAUCUGAAUACUUUCCUUGUUUUGCAGUAUUUUUAGCAGUUUUCCUAUUCAUUGCCUUCAGUCGACUUCUCUUUUCGCUGCCUUUAAGGUCUCACUCAGCUUCACCCGUUUAAUAACGUUAUUCUUUUUUGCACAAUGAAUAUAUUUCAGCCCUUGCACGGAUCAUUUGAACACCUCUCAGAGUAACAGUAUACCGGAGAAGUAUUGUCUGUUUUCUGAUUCUUUUUAUUAUUUAGAAAGUGUUAUGCUAAGUUCUCUGUUCUGUAUGAAGUUACAUUUCACUGCUCUGUAACUCUGGACGUUCACAUUUUGCUGAGUUUGUUUUUAAGGUUCAUUAUCUUCAGAUCGCCACCGGAUCAUAUCAGGUUUUGUGUGAUUUUCGCCCCUUUUUCUUUCUUCUGCCUUUUUCUGAUAUUUUCUGUGUUAAUACUGCCUCCUCAUUUGGUGUUUUUUUUAUUUGUUUUUCAAGUCUUUUGUCGCAAUUUUUCGUACAAAUUGUGAAAGCGUGUUGUUACAGAUUUAUGAAAGAGCGAUGAAAGUAUUUGUGUAAAGAUUUCAAACAAAAAAAUAUCGUACUUUGACUCUAAACAUCUAAAAAAAGACGCUUAAAGGUUUUUAUUUUGAGGCGUUUUGUGUCCCUACAAGGAUUCAAUCCCUCACAGGUUGAAUCCUUGUCCCCCCCCCCCCCCCCCCCACAAAGACAGCAAUCUUUGUUUCAAACCAUUUCAGCAUAGAAAUGACAUCUUUGAGGUUCUUUUUUUUGCUCGUUACGUCAGUUAAUCAUCUUGUUCUUAAUCCAACUUGGCCAAAGAAGACGUAUCGCUGAUGGCCACAAACACCAUUUAUUUCAAACUCACUAAAUGUGUAAUCGUGGUCCAAAAAAUUCUUAGCAAAACCUGUCCUUUCCUUUUUUUCCAGUUGAGGUACGAGUCGAUUUAUUAAAGUACAGAACAUUUAAUUUAGCCCGAUAAAAAACCAAGCACUCCUCAUGUUUGUUGAACAUUCCCCAGCAGUCGUUAAGCACCUCUGGAUAGUCUGGGAGCAUCUGUUGUUACAUUUCAUUAAAGCUGUCUUUUAUUGGAACAGACAUCAGAAACAUUGAAUUGAUAGGACUGGAAAAUGUAUGAAUUGUUGAAAUCGGACGUGUUUUUUAGCAGCUUUUUUUGGGAUCCAAGAGACUUAAAGUAGUGACAUUCGGUUGUAUAGUACUCCAUUUUUAUUUUAAAGCUCUAUCUUAAAAGCUUCUCAUACGUUGUGUAAUUGACGUUGGGUUUGUGUCUUUAAAAACUAAACAUAAUAUAAAAUCUGAUUUAUUUCAUUUAAAUCUUACAAAUUAAAUACCUGGUUCACGUCAGAUUUGUGAGCCAGUUAAUUUAGGUGUAGAAUUCAACACAAAAUGAAUCUCUGUGCAGGAUCUUGUAUUUAUUUGGACAGUUCAUGGAGCCCGUGUAUCUGUUCCUGCAGAGUUUAUGAAUUCAUGUUUAUUGAUGAAGGUAUAUUAAAGUAUGUAGUUUGUGCAUGUAAAGCAAAGGGGGGAGUUAACCCCACAGUAUAUAAAGAUUAAAGGAGUGUGCCCCUUCUUUGAAUAACCAGGAAUGUUCUGCUUUUAUUUAGAAAUUCUGCUGGUGAACAAUGUAAAUGUUGGAUUGUAGCAUGAGAUGUCUGCCCUCUGCUGGCCUGAAAGAAAAGUGCAGGCAGACUGAAAAUAGUAUUUUGAGGGUGUGUGGGGGGGGGGGGGGGGGAUAUGAAGUGCAUCAUUUAGGGGUUAUUUUCAGGGGGUGUACGACAUGUCAUUUCUAUUUUCCAGGUUUCUGAUUUUGUAAUUUUUGCAGACAUGAGAACAUGAAAUGAUUUGGAUGUUUUCGAUUAAUUGUGUCGCCCUGGAGGGUUUGUCUCCUCGACUGACACCAGCUUCUGUUGUGUUCUGUAGACAUUAAAUUUUACUUGGUUUGAAAUUCAA